AGGCGUCACGUGACCACGGGGUGCCAAUGUUAUUCUACAAGGGUGUCAAGACCCUGUCAGUUUCUGAAAUAAAUAUUGGGAAACGGCGAGAUGCAAAAGGCAACCUACUACGACAGCUCCGCAAUUUACAGUGGCUACCCAUAUCAAAGCGCAAAUGGCUUCAGUUAUGAUGCCAAUCAGGUCCAAUAUCCCCGGGCCUCUCAUGUGGAAAGUGAGUACCAUCGACCUGCCUGCUCCCUGCAGUCUCCUGACGGCUCCGUGGCUCUGCAGAAGCCGGGGGAAAUGGCGGAGAGCUGCGACAGGACCACAGCCAUUCAGGCGGCGCAGUCCAAGGUUCAUCCCGAAAGCAAUCAACCGCAGGUGCCAGUGUCAGGCCCACCCCCUCCCUCACAAUCCCCCGGUGCUAUCAGCCAAAACACAAGCAACGGGUCCAACCAGCCCAGUGCCAAGAACGGCUCCCCGACCUCUGCUACCCGCAAACAGAUCUUCCCCUGGAUGAAGGAAUCCCGUCAGAACACCAAGCAGAAACCCACCAGUAGCUCCAGUUCAGUGGAGAGUUGCCCCGGAGACAAGAGUCCUCCGGGGUCAGCAGCGUCGAAGAGGGCCCGGACAGCUUACACCAGCGCCCAGCUAGUGGAGCUGGAGAAGGAGUUCCACUUUAACCGGUACCUCUGCAGACCCCGGAGGGUGGAGAUGGCCAACCUGCUCAACCUCACAGAGAGACAGAUCAAAAUCUGGUUCCAGAACCGCAGGAUGAAAUACAAGAAGGAUCAGAAAGGUGUCGGAAUGAUGCCAUCCCCUGGGGGACAGUCCCCUCGGAGUCCCGUGGGCCCGGCCUCCGGUGGUGGCGGUGGUGGUGGAUACCUCAACUCUAUGCAUUCUCUUGUAAACAGUGUACCUUAUGAGUCCCAGUCGCCGACGUCUUACAAUAAACCUCAUCAAAAUGCAUACGGUAUGGCCACGUCAUAUCCCCCUCCUUUGAACAGCUCCCUCAACAACUGCCCGCCCUCCCAGAAGAGGUAUCCCGGGACCGACUCGGCCACGCCCGAGUAUGACGCGCAUCCCCUCCAAGGCAAUGGCAACUACGGGACUCACAUGCAGGGCAGCCCCGUGUAUGUCGGCGGAGGUUACAUCGACUCAAUGCCCAAUUCUGGGACGUCCGUUUUCGGUCUGACCCACCUCUCGCACCCGCCGUCCGCAAACAUGGACUACAACGGAGCAAUCACAAUGGGCAACAGUCAGCAUCACGGAGUGUGUGAUCCGACACCGACGUACACAGACCUUACGUCGCACUACUCUCAGGGAAGAAUCCAGGAAGCGCCCAAACUGACGCAUCUGUAGCGGUGGCGCAGCCCGGAUCACUCCGCCCAUUGUCUUAUCCACCUCCAGACACAUUACUGCUUUGUUUCUGCGCCUCCUCAAGGCUUCCACCUUCUGUCUCUGCUUUUGUUUAUGUUCUCUAUAGUUUGAUGUGUGAAGUAGCGUAGGAUAAAUAAUCACGACUUGCUUGAAUUUUUCUCUAUUUGCUCGUGUCAUUGUCUCACAAAGACCUUUAUCUGGGCUGUAGGACGUCUAGAGUGGGAGGGAGGGGGGCACAGUAUAUAGCCUAUUUAAUCUUUGUUAUUUUUUAUUUUCUUUUAAAUCUCAAACAGGGUAUUAUGAACAUAUGUUAUUCAUUUUGAAUGUGAAUUUGUCCGUCUUUUAUUUAUCCGCAGUUGAAGAAUUGUGUUUUGCAUUUUGUUGCACUUGUGAAAGGAUCCUUCUAGAGCCACGAGCUAGGAUUAUGAGGGGAAAUACAUUUUCAGAAACAAGGGUCACGAGCUUAUCCGCAGCCUCCCUUGCUUGUGUUGUUCCAUUGGACUUUCUAAUGUUAUUUAUUUUGUUCGGUGUUAAGAUAAAAGAGUCCUUUAGUAUUAUUUGACACCUCUGCGAUCUUUGUGUGGGGGACAAGGUUGGUGGAAAAUUAGCGUCUCGGCCCUUUUCCAGCCCAUACAUGUAGUCUGCAGCUAUCACAGGCUAUGUUUCCAUUUCUUCUUCUCUUCUUCUUCUUCUUCUUCUUCUUCUUCUUCUUCUUCUUCUCUUCUUCUUCGAGGAGGUGUUUUAUUUUCUCAGCGAAUGUAAAAUCAAUCAGUCAUGCAAUAAGGGUGGAAAGAAGGACACACAUUAGCAGUUUCUUUGUUGAAGAAAAAAAAAGAAACAGACAUCAUCAAUUUUCUUUUUCGAUGUCAGACAUUCCACGCUGCUCCAGUUCGAAGAAAUAAAUAAAAAAGAAUUGAAAUAUAAUUGCAGCAAACUUGUAGUUUUAAUUUAGACACACCAAGUAGCAUUUCACAUGAUCACAAAAACAAAUACAAGACAGUUUCUUAAAUAAAAAAAUAUCAAAAUAGAAUUCUAGUUUUGCAAUUAUGACAUACAUGUUAUAUAUUUCAUGACGAAAUUGUUGGGGUGAUAAAGAAAAAGAAAAAAAUUAAUAAUAUUACAUUUAAGACAUUUGGCAAAAAAGAGACAGUUAAUGGUUAAAUAAUAAACCAUGGAUGGUAAUGGGUAAAAUUAUAUUUGUAUAAUUAUGCGUUCAAAAUAAUGUGAAACCAGCUUCCAUAUUUAAUAUUCAAUAACAGAAACAGAAAUGGCCGCAGUUAACGUCAAAUAUUGAAUUAUUUUGCUCCCCUCUUCUUGAUUCGACGUGAAGAAAACUCUCGGGUGGCCUUCUCCCCUCCUUUUAUCUGCGUGGGCACAUCCAUAAU